GGCUGCAACUGGAGUCCCUUGUACAGAUGUUAUGGACGCUGCAGCGUAAGCAGGCGGCUCACGCGGGGGGCUCGCUUCAAGUCACAAACCACCUCGCCGCCACGGGGACCGAUGUGGACAUUCUAACACGACUUGCGUGGGAUGCGCAUGCCACUCCGCUGCAGAAGCAGGCAUGCGUGGGUGCGGUGUGCGCCAUUUGCGCCUCCUUCAAGAGCUCCGAGGCUACCCACGUGGCGGCACGCUUUGCGUUGGGCAUGCUUCAAGUGGAUGGUGCCUUGCAGACCGCCACCGCCGCCGCUUUGUCAUCACCACCACCACUGGCGGCAAAGGGUGAAGCGACAGACGUGCGUCGACGGUGGAUGGCGAAUAUCACUGCAACCGAUGCAGAGUGGCGUGUGCGCUGUGAGGCCUCGAACCACAUAAUGGACCUCUUUUUAGAUGAGACGCACGAUGACGCCGUGUACAUCCCACUUCAUGUGCAUGUGGCCCUGAAAUCGUUUUUGGGACCCUUUCAGUCAUAUUUGAAGCGGCGGCAGCAAUUGGUGCGAGAGGCGCAGCGGAACCAUCGUAUCACCCUUCCGGAAAUUGAUGACGCCGCACACUGGCGUGAGGUCGCCGAGAACCUCUCCGCCUUUCUGGAAUACAAGACGCAGCACAUUGGACGUGACCGAUUAUGA